AUGAUAACAUGGUGUGUGUUUAUUAAAUAGCAGAACAUAUGUGGAUUGGUUUAAAACUAAAAGAACCCUUUCCCGGGCUUCCCCCUGCAUUCAUCGCCCUCGCUUGUUAGUCAUCUUUGUCCAUUUUCAAGCUAGCCAACUCCGCAUUACAACUAGCCUUGCUAACAUGACUACAUUAGCUGUCACUGUUUAUCUGUAAGUCGCACAAAGCGUUUUUUAAUGUCAAUGCAUUCGUGUUUGUCACAUCUAAGCGACCUGUUGCCAUGUUUUUGGAUAUGGCUUUGUGGUUUAGUGCGAUCCAAUGCGGUUGGGAGGGCGGAAGCUAUGUUGGCUUACGUUAGCUAGCGGCAGCCAUCUUACGCGAGCAUUGUAGUCCUUGGGCUAGCUGGGGAGUGCUGGUGUGGCACAACAAGAUGGCCUGUUAAUACGCGUACAAGGAAGAAUUUCCGUGCCGACGCUCUGUGCCCCAAAUUGCACCGAAAUACUCGUUAAAGGGACGUUUUCGCCAUAGAUUGCAGAGCGUUCCUCUGGUUGUCACAGCCACAGAUCAGCCACCAUUCUUCACUCACUAGCAAGCCAUCAAUUCAAGACACUUUCAGGUCUGCUGACUGACAAAAGCACCAGCGCUGCGCCCACCCAAAGCGGCACCUAUACCCCGAUUCUUAGUUGAGUAAUACAUCCGGCAAGAAAACGGAGGUCGUGGGGCUGGAGUGUGUUCUUAUGGCGGAGUCAGAGACUGAAUGUGACACACCCGGCCUUGACACGCUGGGGUCGGAGUGUGUCAUAGCCCACAGCCAUGUCGACCUUCACUAUGGAGCCGAGACGGAAAUCAUGACGGAAGAAAAGCGCGGCCUGGAGUUGGAGAUUCACGGGGGCCUUGGCGCUGUCGCGUGCGUGGACGGCAUCGUAGAGACGGACCAUGAUUACAUCAAGGUGGAACACGACGAGAUCCACUGUUUUGCCGGAGCCGAGAUCAAGACGAGUGGCGAGCCGCUACUGGGAGAAGUGCUUCUCAAGACGGAGAACGAGCACGUGGUGAAAGUGGAGUCUGAUCACGGGGGGGAGUUGACGGUGGAGUCUGAGAACGGCGUCAUCAUUCACGAGGCCCACGGCCUGCAGUGCAACGAGUGCGGGGAAAUCUUUGGCAGCAUAGCUGACCUCCACCAACACUUUGAGAUCCACAAGGACCUCAACCCGUACAUCUGCGUCCACUGUGGCGAGAGCUUUGCGGUGGAGGCCAGUCUCAAGCAGCACAUGAAGAUCCACAUGAAAGAAAAGCCCUACGUCCCGCCAGGCGUGGAGAUGAUGAGCAAAGACGUCAUUGACGCCUUCAGCCUCAAGUCCCAUCAGAUGAUCCACCUGCCGGACAAGCCUCACAGGUGCUCGGAGUGCGGCAAGAGUUUUGCAGCUGCAAUCACCCUAAGAGAACACAUGAAGAUGCAUUCAGAGGACAAGCCCUACAAGUGCACCCAGUGUAGGAAGAGCUUUGUCCGCAGAAGGCACCUGAAGAAGCACCAAGAGGUCCACGCCCGUGAGAAGCCAUACACCUGCGGCCAGUGCGGCAAGGGCUUUGCCACCACUUCCAACUUGAAGCAGCACCAGAAGACCCACGCCGUCGUCGUGCUCGCCGACAAGCCCCACCGCUGCACGCAGUGCGGGAAGUGUUUUGCGGCCGCCGCCACCUUGCGGGAGCACCAGAGGAUCCACUCGGGUGAGAAGCCGUACAAGUGCAACAUGUGCAGGAAGAGCUUUGUCCGCAAGCGCCACCUGAAGAAGCACCAACAGGUCCACGCCGGAGGGAAGCCCUACACGUGCAGACAUUGCAACAAGGGCUUCAACCACUCCUCAUCCCUCUCACGCCAUCACAAGACGCACCUGCAGGGUCCCGUCUUCUCCCCCCCGCAGCCCGGGAAGCCCAUGACAUUCGCCUCGCCACCAAAGCAGAGGGUGCAUCUGCAGGGAGAAAAGCCCUACAUGUGCCAUCACUGUGACAAGGGCUUCAAUCAUUCCUCCUCCCUGUCCCGCCACCAAAGAGUCCACUCCGACGGCGACGGCUACACUUGUGGCCAUUGUGGUAAAACCUUCAACCACUCCUCGUCCCUCGCCCGGCAUCAGAGAGUCCACUUGGAGAACAAGCAGCAGGCCCCGCAGCCCCAGCAACUGCAGCAGCCACAGUCGCCACCCCCGCAAGUGGAGCAGUACAGCGCCAUCCCCACCCCCAAGGUGUUCCCCAACAACUCCUUCCCCAAACAGCACCUCCUCUCUGAUGAGAAGCCGUACAGAUGCACCCAAUGUGGGAAAGGCUUCAACCAUUCAUCCUCCCUCUCCAGACACCACAGGAUCCACCUACGCCAGUGAGCGACUGUCCUUACGCCACAGCGCUCGCUUCGCGGCCCUCUCACUCAAUACUGACAAUUAUUUCCCCCCCAGUCACAAGAAAACAAUGGCCGUCACCUUCCUGUGGACGUGCAUGGUCAUGUCAGCUGCAGUUGACAAAUGAGCGUAGGGAUCACCGUGGACCUAGAACCUGGGCGGGGGGGGGGUGUCAUUCUUGUCUUGUUUGAGGUCAUGCUACACUCGAUGCGGGAACUCCAUUAUGAACACUUUUUAAAAAAGAACAGUGUGACUUAUCUUCAUGAGGAAAAAAAAACCUUAUUAGAUCUUUGGGACACGAAUCAAGGCUGUCAACACGAUGGAAACUGUCAUCACCCUACUAACCUGUGUGAAGCAAAUCCACUGUAAAUAACGUCUUCAUUUCUUUUAUAUACGUAUAGGUGACUAGUGUGCUGCUCCUAAAUGAUGACAUUUUUCAUAGCAACACCCACUUUGGUCUUUUUUUUUUCUUAAUUUUUAUUUUAUUUAAGACUUUUUAAGUGUCUGAGAUGAAUUUGUUGCAGCAGCCGUUGGAUUUGCCAUCUUGUAUAUUCCUGAGGUUAUUUUUCCUGUACGUCUGCAAUGGGCGAGCACUGCUGUAUGGACUGUACAGAGCAAUACUGCCUUUACGCUGACAUGCAGUUCAGCCACAGGCAAUUCCUGACAGAAAAUUGAAAGAAAAGGAAAACAACCUGGUUAGCAUUGUUAGACCCUUGUCUUUUUCUGUUUUCCCUCUGCAUCUUUCUUUGGAAUCGAACUAACAAAGCUGUUUAUAGACUACACAUAGCAUCAAUUCUCACUAUCACAAUUUGAUCUCAAGGCUUGUGCGUACUAAAAUAAAAAAAAAAAAGUAAGAUAUGAUGACUUUUUCAAGACUGGAUUGUGCUCUCCUGGUCUGUGUAUAAUCUCUUUUACAAAUGGAUGUAUUUUUUUAGAUAUGGAUGGGUUAUAUGAAAGGGAGCAGAGAAGUAAAACUUUAUGGGAGUGGACAUGGCAAGCAAUAUUUUUCCCCCAUUUUGUUGUUUUUUGCUUCAAUCUGUAGCAUAGUUUUCUUCCUUGUGUUAGAUAGGUGCCUUAUUGCAUGCUAUGUAGAAAUGUAUGCUCAGCUGUUUGAAGAAAAAAAAGGUUUCAGCAUUUUUAAAAAAACAUUUUUACAUUUAGUUCUUCAUACCAAGCAUUUUAGUUUGUCGCCGACAUCUUUUGCUUUUUUUUGUUUUUGUUUUUUUUGAGUUUGUGUAUACUACCAUGUGUGUACAAUGUACAUUGUCUUUAUUUUUCCUCCCUGUGUUCUUUGUAAAUGGCCUAAUGUUGAGAGAACAAAUGUAAACGCUCCAUGUCGCGGUGACGUGCGGUCGGGGGAGGCAGGUGAGGUGAGGCUCUGGAUUAUGAUGAGAAAUUAAAAAAGGAAUCACAUACUUGUCCAUCCAACUGUAUUAUAAAUGUAGAAAUUGCUGAAUUUGCACAUUUCCUGAUCAAAUAUAGACAGAAAGCAAAGAUGAGGCUGCUGUGAGCGUAUCUAAUUGGAUAUAAUGUUAAAAUAAGACCAAUAUCAUAGUCUCUUCAUCCUGGGGGGUGUGCCUGAGAUGCCAGGUUUUUUGCCAGCUGGAGAGCAGCAAGUCCAAAUCCAUUUAAAGUGUUUUUACGCAAUCAAUAAAUUACAUUGCCAAGCUCGACAGAAGGUGCUCAAAAACAAAGCAUCAGAACUUUUCCAGUAGAAUUAUAGAGUAUUACAUAUACCAGACCACCAAUGUCAACAAGUCAGUGCCUCACCAGCCAUUAACCUCAGCAUGUCACUGCCAUGCAGGCAAAACUAUGUGUAACAUCUGGCCCUGUCUGAGUGGUGCGGAAGUGGAUGAAUAAAGGUUGUGGACUCUCGAA